ACACUCCUCUAAAGGUUUAAAAUUAUAACACAACGUAAAGUUUAGCAAACAACUAACAACGCAAAAAUGAGUGAAGCUAGGGAGAUAUACUCAGCCCCUCUAACACCUAGAUCAGGCACGGCCACACCAAAAUCGGGCACGGUCACACCCAUGACACCACCAAUAUCCGCCCCGCCAUCACAGUUUCAUUCCCCGUCUUUAUCCCGGUCACCUCUCCUUUCAUUUAAUGAGAACGUCGAGCCUAUAAAUGGUCUUAAUAAUAAUAAUAACGGGACUAAUAAAACCCCUAAAGGGUCUAGGCCUAGGACGCCGGUCCAAUUCAUUAGUCCAUUGGCUAGUCCACUUAGAAGGGCUAUAACCCCUUUGGCUAGCCCCUUGAGGAGAGCCAUAACGCCGAUAGCUAGCCCGAUUAGGAAGGCGAUUAGCAUGACUAAGCUUGAUCCUCAAGAUGCUUGGCUUCCUAUUACGGAGUCUAGGAAUGGAAAUGCGUUUUAUGCUGCUUUUCAUACGCUUUGUUCUGGGAUUGGAAUUCAGGCUCUUGUUCUUCCUGUUGCUUUUACUGUCCUUGGUUGGACAUGGGGAAUCAUCUGUUUAACAUUAGCCUUCCUAUGGCAACUUUACACCCUCUAUCUACUAGUACAACUCCACGAAUCAACGGAGACGGGUGUUCGUUAUAGUCGUUACUUCACGCUAUGUAUUGCAGCUUUUGGUGAAAAAGCAGGCAAGCUAAUGGCAAUGUUCCCAUACAUGUACUUAUCAGCUGGCACGUGCGUGCUUCUGAUUAGUAUAGCGGGGUCCACGUGCAAAAUAUUCUUCCAAAUUGUAUGUGGCCAAGAUUGUACGGCUAAGCCCUUAACCUUAACGGAGUGGUACUUGGUGUUCACUUGUGCUGCCGUGGUGUUGUCUCAACUACCAAACAUGAACUCCAUUGCCGGUGUUUCUUUAAUUGGCGCCAUCACCGCUGUGGCUUACAUCACCAUAAUAUGGGCCGUGUCCGUCGCUAAGCAUGCUCUACCCGGAGUAUCCUAUGAGCCGGUCCGAUCUGCUUCCACUAUUAAGAAUGUGUUUAGUGUCCUUAAUGCACUUGGGAUUAUUGCUUUCGCUUUUAGAGGCCACAAUCUCAUACUCGAAAUUCAGGCAACAAUGCCUUCAAGCGAGAAACACCCAUCAAGGGUACCAAUGUGGAAGGGUGUCCAAUCAGCUUAUGUUCUAAUUGCAAUGUGCUUGUAUCCUCUUGCAAUUGGGGGAUUUUGGGCUUAUGGAAACAAGAUACCACAAGAUGGAGGCAUGCUAACAGCCUUGUAUCAAUUCCAUGGACGUGACACAUCCCAAUUCAUCCUAGGCCUAACAAGUUUAUUCGUGAUUGUUAACGCCCUAAGUUCGUUCCAAAUCUAUGGUAUGCCAAUGUUUGAUGACAUUGAGUCCAAGUACACAAUGAGAAAAAAGAAGCCAUGUCCGUGGUGGCUACGAGCCAUAUUCCGAGCACUAUGUGGGUUCCUAUGCUUCUUCUUCGCGGUUGCAUUCCCCUUCGUUGCAAGCUUUGCUGGACUUAUUGGAGGGAUUGCCUUGCCCUUAACCUUAGCCUACCCUUGUUUUAUUUGGAUCGUUUUGAAAAAGCCUAAAGCUUAUGGUCCAAUGUGGUGUCUAAAUUGGGGAUUAGGGGUCUUAGGGAUGGUACUUAGUGUAUUAAUGAUUGCUGCUGGUAUUUACGUUGUUAUUGCUAAUGGGGUUGAAUUUCAUUUUUUCAAGCCUCACUAAUAUAAUUAACAAAAAUAUAACGUAACGCAUACGAAGUAUGUAAUAAUAAGGUUGUGUAUGUAUAAUAUAAAGUAUUUUUUGUAGGUUGGGGUUAGGUGGAAAAAAAAGGUUGCAAAUGGUAAAAUGAUGACAAGUUUGUAACGAUGUGGAUUACGUUUAAUGUUUCUAGCUAACAUGUGAAGUGAAUCAACGUGUUCCUUUACAUGAUGAGUGAUAAUUAAGCUUCAUUUUAGGAUGUAUAAUUAGUGUUUGUAAUUUCAAGGUUGAUAUUAAUUUCAAUUUAUUAAUUAUUUGGAGAAAUUAUUGUGGACUA